AUGUUUCUGCAUCCGCUCUAUGCGUUCCCUUACUACGACAUUGCCUUGCUCGAGCUCGAGGACAGCCUGCCGCUGGGCGGCUGCAUCGACGUCGCCUGCCUUCCCACCGCGCCGGUGCCCGCGGGCACGCAGUGCUUCAUCACCGGGUGGGGUCAGACCGAGACCGGCGCGCAGGGCGCCCACGUGCAGGAGGGCGCCAUGACGAUCCUGUCGGACGCCACGUGCGGCCAGUACUACGGCCGCCCGGGGGGAGGCAAGUCGUCUGUCAGGAAGCGGGGUGCACACGGUGCGGCCAGCCGGGGCGAGAGCUGGACCAGUGCACGAGUGGAGCGUUCCAGAGGAAGGGCCUCGCUCCCUCGAG